AUGACGCCACUACAGAAACUACUACUCGAACGCGGCGCAGGCACGGACGUGAUGAAAGCGUUCUACGAGGAGAUAGCGGCGUCACGGUACGUACAAAUCCUCCCCAACAGAGCGCGUGCCUACCCCGACCUCGACGUCAUUAGCGUAAAGGAGCUGCGGGCCUUCGCGCGGCUCCAAGGGAUCGCGUUCAAGCGGGGUGAUAACCGCGCUAGCAUGGUCGCUACUGUUAAGGCGUGGAUUGAGGAGGAUGAGAGGAAGCGGCGGGAGGCGCCGGGUGGGGGUGACGAUGAUGAUGGGGAGUGGGAUGAUGAGGACGGCGGGGUCGAGUUGAGGGAUGAGGGAGAGGAUGGCGAUGAUGAGUAUGAGGAUGACGGGGAGGAUGACGAGUCGGAGGAUGAGGGGGAUGAGGGUGUUGAGGCUCGCGAGGGAAGUGCCGCUCCGCAGAGGGACAGCAGGGCGGAGACGACGGACAGGUCGGUGAUGACGGACAGGGCCGUGGUGACGGCGAAGGCGCCGAUGCGGAGCUGGAUGUCUACUCCGAGCACGAGCACACGCACGGACGAUGUGAUCGAGGAGUUAUGA